AUGUCGCGCGGUGGCAAACCUCUGGACCUGCCAGGACUCUACUGGGACGAUGAAAAGAAGCGAUAUUUCCCAAUUGCUUCCAGGCCGAAACGAAAAACUACAGACGAAGGACCUAGAGAAACACCUUAUAAAGUAUCAGAUGAUAAUAGACGACAAACUGAAGGACAUCGAUCAGCUGCUACCGCCACAUAUCCAAGAGCAUUGCGCAUAGGAACGAAAGGCUACUCUCAAAGAGCUCGAAUCACGCAAGAAUUAGAAGGGAAGUCACUGGUGGCUUCAUAUACAGAGCUCGAUCCACCCGUCCGACCGCUGUCCUGGCAGACAUGUCAAAUAUCAUCUUUCCACGCUGCUACUGUUGAUGAUACCCUGAACGUGCUCGUCGGUGAUUCCCGUGGUGUGUUCCACUGCUCUCGGGCAGUCAUCAAGUCUCUUUUAAGAAUAAACGCCGGGCCUGACCGGUUUAACGACAAUUCACGACUUUUUACGUCUUACCAUUUGGGAUCGGGAACGCCCGUCUCACACAUUACGAGGUCUGGAAACAUCGCAGUUGCUGUAACCAGUACAUGUGAUUCGUGCUUCCUCGGUGUUCGUGAUCUAAAUGCCUCGGAUUAUUCUGGCGUUCUAUUUCCACGCUUGAAUGUAGCCGGGGAUAUACGAGCUGCAGAUCUUUUAAACAAGAGUCUGGCUCUUGGUAUGUCCCGGAAACUAGUAUGGAUUAAGGAUGUUAGCGGGCCCAUCAAGGGUCACCGAACCCUUCAAACUAAGAGUGACAUCUUGUCAAUAGCACAAAGCUCGAACACUAUCACCGCCGGAUUGAGAAACGGAGAAGUGCGAUUAUUCGACGUGCGUACUCGCGGUGAUGCGAGUACCGAGCUAUUUGGGUCCCGUUUCUCCAGGAAAAUCGACACAAGCCCUCCGUCAUUACCUGGGACAAAGCCCAAGGGUACACAUUCCGCAAUAACACGCUUACAAACAGUCGGAGAUUGGGAAAUGCUUGUCGCAACAAGUGCCGGAGAGCUUGAGAUGUUCGACCUACGCUUCGCUACAGGUAAUAGAGUACAACCUAUAAUAAAAUACGACGGACACGUCAAUUCGUACCUUCUCGAUCUCGGAAUCACGAUCGACCCUACCUCAUCCUUCCUAUUCGCCGAAGGCCAAGACCGUAGGAUCCGUGCUUGGGUAUUACAAACAGGCGAACAGCUUGGUGUACUCCUUGGUGGUGCUCAACUAGCUAGACCUGCUCGUGCGUUGGCAGUAACUCAGACGGCUAACGAGACUCGUGGAGCGAGGUGGUUAUGGAUACCGCAAGAGGAAGAGAUUCGCGUGGUCCGUUUGGGUGGUCCAAUUCGAUAG